AUGAAGUCGACUCUUCUCAUCACCGUACUCAUUCUCGGCAUGUUAGCUUGUUUGGCUACCAGUGCACCGACAGAAACAGCUGAUUCUCUUGAACCACGUGCUUGGGACUUCUGGUGUACAGUUCAAUGUGGCUAUUGGAACUAUUGCAUGUUGAAAGGAAAACAAUGUGGCACGGAACCAAGCGGCUGCGACUGUCGACAUAUUGGAAAAUAA